ACUUCCUUCUUGCUGCAGCGGGUGACGCACGGGGGACUGAACAAUGGGGAUCAACGAUGAUUUGAGGAACCGUGAGGAUCCAGAGGAGGAGCCAGCGGAGGAGGAGGAGGAGGAGGACCUCGUAGACCCCCAUGAGACCCUGCGUGAAGAGUGUCGCGGCCACGGCGACGCCACCCAGCUGAAGGCCAAGUUCGAUGAGUGCGAGGAGCGGGUCAACAGCCGAAGUAAAACGGAGGAGACCUGCGUGGAAGAGCUCCUGGACUACCUCCACGCUGUUGACCAUUGUGUCGCCGGCAAAAUUUUCACCACAAUGAAGUGACCUCUUCACUUGCCCUAGACAAUGCUGCAAAUGUUCUGUUGAGUGCGUAGUGACCGUGCCCCACAGUAAUUGUACUCUGCGAUUCUUUGGCUCGCAACUUGAUCAUAAGGCGGGUCUCAUACGGAUCGAAAUACACUGCUUGUCUGUGUGAGAAUGGAUACGAAUACACUGGGGAAAAUCAG